CCACCAGAUGGUAGCAGAGCUCUAAAGGAGAGGAAGGGAAAUAACCAGAGCCUUGCAGUGGGUGGAAAAGAACCCUUAUGAAGAAGGGCUUCCCCAAAACUUCUGUUUGCAACUGGCUGCAAUGUCUACUAUUGCACCUGCAGAUAACACCGACUCAAAACAACAAACAUUAUGUAGACAUCCUGUUAUAAACCAAUAACACAUGCAAUUAUUAAUGCAUUCCAUACAUCCAGAUUCUAGUUGGCCUCUAUAGGCUAUCUGUUUCAUAAUCUCGCUUUACUGUUGCACGUGGUCCCUGACAAAUGAAUCAUUUAAUGAAAAAGAGCAACAUAAUAGAUGUAUUAGGCCGAUAAUAAUUCUACACAAUUCCGUUGUAGCGUUUCCUUAAAAAGAUUAUCAGCUGAUGCAAAACAACAACGAGAAAAAACCAAACCAACAGUAAUUCCUAGUAUGCACUUGACAUGUCACGCAACCUAAACCCUUUUACUCAAAAGAAAUGCGCGGGGAAAGACCCACAAGCACACACGUUUUGGUGCAGUUUUUUUUGUUUGUUGCCUGUUUGCUUCAGGGUGUAAAUGAAUUGGGUCUCCGGGUCAACUGAGUGCUUAUUGUGUUUGUAGGAGUUCAGAAAAGGGGCAGAGGGGAAAUCAUGCCAUAAGGCGUAUUUGCAUAAAUGAUUCUCCGCGUCAGAUGACGUCAGGAGACAGUUCGGCUAUAAGCGCCGCCGGUAGCAGAAAUAGACCCAUUCGCAGAAACAUAACGUGGCUCACAUCAUCGGCAUUAACCUACCGCACUACACUCACCACAGAAGCAACCGAAUCGAGUCAGUCGAGUGAUUUAAGCUGAAUACAGUAACCUAGAAGUGUAUCUAGACAGGUAGAUUUAUCUACUCAACCAAUCGCAAACGUGGCGAGAAGCAUUAUCCAAACGAGUCUGCUGCUAAAUUUGAGUACGGAGAUCUUCAAAACGCCAAUGGAGGUUGCAGUCUAUCAGUUGCAUAACUUCAGCAUCUCAUUCUUCUCCUCGUUAGUAGGAGGAGAUGUGGUGUCUGUAAAACUCGACAACAGUGCCUCGGGUGCUAGCGUUGUUGCCAUUGACAACAAGAUAGAACAGGCAAUGGAUCUGGUGAAGAACCACCUGAUGUACGCAGUCAGGGAGGAGGUUGAGAUCCUCAAGGAGCAGAUCAGAGAGCUGGCUGAGAAGAACAACCAGCUAGAACGUGAGAACAGCCUUCUGAAGAACCUGGCCAG